GCCCGAUCGGCAAGUUCUCCGUCGGCCGCUUCUGGUGCUUCGCCGUGCGCGCGCGCGACCGCACCCUGGGCCGGGACUUCCGCGGCGGCACCCGCAUGGGUAUCGUCGCGGUGCCGCCGAGGCCGCCGGUGCCGGACAGCCUCCUGGUGCAGCCAGGCUACAGCUGGGUGCUCGGGCGCGGUGUGGUCCGCGGGCCCGACAUGGAGGCCCAGGCGAUGCCGCAGGCCGACUUCGACGGCCUGGCCGAGGUGGCCCCAUUGCUGGCGGGGGCGGCCGCCGCGACCCUGCUCGCGGCGCGCAGG